AUGACUCAAAAUAAAGAUAGCAAACUAAAUAUUGAAAAUAAGAGGAAACACAGAAUAUCCCUAAAAAGGUCCCGAAGCGUUGUAUCCAUGAAUUCGAAUAUAUCAGAUCGUAUGUCCACCAGUCCCUUAAUUAGACAGAUAUCGUUCAAAAAACGGAGAGCCGAUAUAGAAACAAAAUCAUUCAAAAGCAAUUAUGAUGAACCGAAUCGGAUCAGAGAUGGGAAUUUAACAAGCUUGAAUGUUCAUGAUUCCAAGGGAAACAUAGUGAGGGAUAAUGAGGCACCCUCUAAUAAAGCAGAUAUAUCACAUCUUCAUUUCGGAGUGGAUUGUGAGUCCAAUUCCAGUAUCAAUGCUUCUUCCAAUUUGACCAUUGACUUGUCUAAGAACAACUUCAUUCCGUCCGCAAGACCUCCCAAAACUCCUUCUAUGAAAUCACCAGUGCUUGACGACUGGGACUCAUAUAACUUCAUGCCGAGUGGUUCGUCAAAUGCGGAAUCUUGUUUAUCGGCAAAUUCGAUACCAAAUUCGAUAUCAGAUUCGAUAUCUAGCAUUGUGAAAAGGAUCCCGAAAGGUAUUCGGUCAGGCAAAUCUACAAACAGCAGUUCCUUACUGGAUAGUAGCCAUACGGAAAGUUAUGACAAGGAAGUGUUCAUUGUUGACGAUGUUGUUCAUGCACGUCGCAAUAGAUUGCAAGUAAAGUUAAAUAAAGUCAUUACUCAUUCGAAUAAACGAUGGCUGAACAUAUUUCAAAAGAGAACACAAGCUGAAAAUGAUCAAGAGAUUACACAACCCAUAUCACCCUUAGAUUCUCCAGAAUACCACGAGAAAUUCAAAUCACCAGCAAAAGUACACCACAACUCAGAAAUACAGAAGAAGCCACCUGUGCAAUCGCUCAUCAAAUGCGAUUCUAAUAUAGUACCCCAGAAAAUUAUAAUUUCAAAUACUAAGGAAAUUCAUACCAAUCAAUUACUUGAUUCCAGACCUACCUAUAACAAGCCUGAUAUGCACUAUGUCAAGCGUGUUACCAAGCAGUCUAGAAUUACUAAUGCUGCUGAAAGAUCCAAGGACGAGACAUAUUUGGUUCGCAAAGAGCAAAUAUUCUCGCCCAAUACUGAUUUAAAAGAUUCAGCUAAUAGUCCCAACUAUCCUGAACACAUUCAAGGGUUUUCUUCCUUAAGUAUAAAAGAUUUUUUACAGGAUGCAAAUUCGACAAACUGA